UGACAGGCCCGGAGCGAGCCCCGGAGGCCUGGCGGAGCCGCGGCCGGGCCCGCACCCGGAGCGGCGGGAGGGGCGGGGAGCCGCGGCCGCGCCGGGCACCUCCCACCCCGCCCUCGGCGCCCCCGCCCCUCCAGGAAGGGGAGGAGGCGAGGGGAGCCCGCCGCGGAGACCGAGCGAGCCCCCCGCCCAGCCCGGCGACUGGGGACCCCGGCACAUGAGGUGGACGCCCCCCGGGAGCGCUUAGGUGCGGAGCCGGGCGCGAAGGUCUUGAGUCAGAGCCCAGACUUUGGGGACCCUGGACCAGUAUCAUGGAGACGGAGAGUGAGCAGAUCUCCGGGUCCACCAACGGGGGCUCCAGCUCUGGGGGUAGCUCGCGGCCCCAGAUAGCCCAGAUGUCGCUGUAUGAACGGCAAGCAGUGCAGGCUCUGCAGGCCCUGCAGCGGCAGCCCAACGCAGCUCAGUACUUCCACCAGUUCAUGCUCCAGCAGCAGCUCAGCAAUGCCCAGCUGCAUAGCCUGGCUGCCGUCCAGCAGGCCACGAUUGCUGCCAGUCGGCAGGCCAGCUCCCCAAACAGCAGUGCCACACCGCAGCAGACCACCACCACCCAGGCCUCGAUCAAUCUGGCCACCACGUCGGCCGCCCAGCUCAUCAGCCGAUCCCAGAGUGUGAGCUCUCCCAGUGCCACCACUUUGACCCAGUCUGUGCUCCUGGGGAACACCACCUCCCCACCUCUCAACCAGUCCCAGGCCCAGAUGUAUCUACGGCCACAGCUGGGAAACCUAUUGCAGGUAAACCGGACCCUGGGCCGGAAUGUGCCCCUAGCCUCCCAGCUCAUCCUGAUGCCUAACGGGGCAGUGGCUGCAGUCCAGCAGGAGGUGCCAUCUGCUCCGUCUCCAGGAGUUCAUGCAGAUGCAGAUCAGGUGCAGAAUUUGGCAGUGAGGAAUCAACAGGCCUCAGCCCAAGGACCCCAGAUGCAAGGCUCUGCUCAGAAGGCCAUUCCUCCUGGAGCCUCCCCUGUCUCUAGCCUCUCCCAGGCCUCUAGCCAGACCCUAGCUGUGGCUCAGGCAUCGUCUGGGGCCUCAGGCCAGUCCCUGAACCUCAGUCAAGCUGGGGGAGGCAGCGGAAGUAGCCUCCCAGGGUCCAUGGGUCCAGGUGGUGGCGGCCAGGCGCCCGGGGGUUUGGGUCAGUUGCCUUCCUCAGGAAUGGGUGGUGGUGGGAGCUGUCCCAGGAAGGGCACAGGAGUGGUGCAGCCCUUGCCUGCAGCCCAGACAGUGACUGUGAGUCAGGGAAGCCAGACGGAAGCAGAAAGUGCGGCGGCCAAGAAGGCAGAAGCAGAUGGGGCCAGUCAGCAGAACGUGGGCAUGAACCUGACACGGACAGCUACCCCCGCUCCCAGCCAGACCCUUAUUAGCUCAGCCACCUACACGCAGAUCCAGCCCCAUUCCCUGAUUCAGCAGCAGCAGCAGAUCCACCUCCAGCAGAAGCAGGUGGUGAUCCAGCAGCAGAUCGCCAUCCACCACCAGCAGCAGUUUCAGCACCGCCAGUCCCAGCUCCUGCACACCGCCACGCACCUCCAGCUGGCCCAGCAGCAGCAGCAGCAGCAGCAGCCGCCUCCGCCGCCGCCGCCGCCGCCGCCGGCCACCACUCUCACUGCCCCUCCGCCGCCGCAGGUCCCGCCCACGCAGCAGGUCCCGCCCUCCCAGUCCCAGCAGCAAGCCCAGACCCUGGUGGUUCAGCCCAUGCUUCAGUCUUCAUCCUUGUCCCUCCCGUCCGACCCAAGCCCCAAGCCCCCCAUCCCCAUCCAGUCUAAGCCGCCGGUGGCGCCUCUCAAGCCUCCUCAGUUAGGGGCCGCCAAGAUGUCCGCCACCCAGCAACCGCCGCCCCACAUCCCGGUGCAGGUCGUGGGUGCCCGGCAGCCGGGGACGGCCCAGGCGCAGGCCCUGGGGUUGGCGCAGCUGGCGGCAGCCGUACCUACUUCCCGGGGGCUGCCCGGCUCAGGGCAGCCCGGCCAAGCCCAUCUGGCCUCCUCGCCACCGUCGUCCCAGGCUCCUGGUGCGCUGCAAGAGUGCCCUCCCGCCUUGGCGUCUGGGAUGACCCUCGCCCCUGUGCAGGGCACAGCGCACGUGGUCAAGGGCGGGGCUGCCGCCGCCUCGCCUGCUGUAGCCCCGGUACCUACAGCCUUCUACAUGCAGUCCGUGCACCUGCCGAGCAAACCCCAGACAUUGGCUGUCAAGCGAAAGGCAGAAUCUGAGGAGGAGAGAGACGAUGUCUCCUCACUGGGUUCAAUGCUUCCUGCCAAGUCAUCUCCAGUAGCAGAGAGCCCAAAGGCCGUGGAGGAGAAGAGCAGUCUCGGAGAGAAAGCUGAGCCGGUGACCGCUGUGAAUGCCAGUCCUCCAGGUGGCGAGCUAGUAGCCUUGGCUCCGGCCCCGUCCGCACCCCCUCCCACACUAGCCCUGGUGUCCAGACAAAUGGGCGACUCGAAACCCCCACAGGCCAUCGUCAAGCCCCAGAUUCUCACCCACAUCAUCGAAGGUUUCGUCAUCCAGGAAGGAGCCGAGCCUUUCCCGGUGGGCUGCUCUCAGUUACUGAAAGAGUCUGAGAAGCCGCUGCAGACCGGCCUCCCGACAGGGCUGAAUGAGAAUCAGUCAGGUGGCCCCUUGGGAGGGGACAGCCCGUCUGCUGAGCUCGAGAAGAAGGCCAACCUCCUGAAGUGUGAGUACUGUGGGAAGUACGCGCCUGCAGAGCAGUUUCGCGGCUCCAAGAGGUUCUGCUCCAUGACUUGCGCCAAGAGGUAUAACGUGAGCUGUAGCCACCAGUUCCGGCUGAAGAGGAAAAAAAUGAAAGAGUUUCAAGAAGCCAACUAUGCCCGCGUUCGUCGGCGCGGACCCCGCCGCAGUUCCUCUGACAUCGCCCGCGCCAAGAUCCAGGGCAAGCGCCACCGGGGCCAAGAGGACUCUAGCAGGGGUUCAGAUAAUUCCAGUUACGAUGAAGCACUCUCUCCAACGUCCCCUGGGCCUCUGUCGGUGAGAACUGGGCACGGAGAACGUGACCUGGGGAACCCCAAUACAGCGCCACCGACGCCGGAAUUACACGGCAUCAACCCAGUGUUCCUGUCCAGCAAUCCUAGCCGUUGGAGCGUGGAGGAGGUGUAUGAAUUCAUCGCCUCUCUACAAGGCUGCCAGGAGAUUGCAGAGGAGUUUCGUUCCCAGGAGAUCGAUGGACAGGCCCUUUUAUUACUUAAAGAGGAACAUCUCAUGAGUGCCAUGAACAUCAAGUUGGGCCCUGCCCUCAAGAUCUGCGCCAAGAUAAACGUCCUCAAGGAGACCUAAGGUGGCCCUCUUGCACAAACAAGCCGACGGCAGACACUCCCUACUGUCCGGGUUCUACCCUGGUGCCAGCAGACUUAACAGGGAAGAGAGAGCUGUUCCAUAGAGAGCCCUUCUGUAGAGGGGUCACCGGGGCAGUGAAGGGAAGUGCAGGGACUGCUUGCUGGUGCUACGUGGCCGCAGCUGUGACGUUUCCUCCACGUUCUACCUUCAUUUUUAAAGAUUACGGUUCUCGCUUUUCUCAUUCCCCCCCCCCCCCCCCCAUCCCGUCUUUAUACAAGAGGCAGUCCAGAGGGGUAGGACUGCUCCGCCUUAUCCUGGAGUGGAGGGUCUAGCCAGGGUCUCAGCUCCCUGAGGGGAGGAGCGGACGGGAGGGCAGGAAACGUGGGACACUGGUGUGCCCCCUGCUCCAGGAGGGGGAGCCGGGCUUUUCCCAGCGGAUGGGACGCAAGCAGCAAAAUCUGGCACCCCUUCCCUGUGGACCGCCCAGCCGUGGCCCCGGGUCUCUGUCGUCGCCCCCUUGGUGCCCAACACUUUCUCCUGUGUUCAAGGCAGGGUCACGGGCCCGUGCAGAGGCUUGGUUGGUGCCAUCUGACAUGCCUGGGGUGGGGGGUAGGGGCGAAAGUGUUGGGCACACGCGUGGCCGUCAUUCGUUCCGCAUCUCCGUGCUCCCUUCAGUUUCUGUGUGUCUCCUCCCCUCCCUUUCUUUUUGGUUCCAGCUCUGCUCUGUCCUAUAGCUUUAUUCACACAGGAGUGUGUGGGGCUGAGGCCAGGAGUAUAAGUACCUGCCUUGGGCGCUAUUCCUUAUACAACAAAAAAUAUUAAAUAUUUUUUUCCUCCUCAGUAA